AACAACAAACUCAGUUUGGUGUAAGGAAACAUAAAAUUAUGAACGUUACCAAUAUCUGUGGCGCUAUUUUGUAGUUUAUUAACUAGUCAUGUAAUGUGUUGCAACAUUAGUGUUCGACUUCGACUGCAGUGGUUGUAUCGUUAGUAAAUAAACUAUUUUGAGUAAACGCCUUGUUUGAGAAUGACAGAAGUGUGCAAAGAGAAGUUUGGCGAGGGACCCGUGGAGAAAUGGACCCUACGAUCAGACAGUGUCAGUGUGGAAAUCAUCUCAUUGGGAUGUGUUAUAAAAUCCAUCAAAACAGCAGAUCGGAACGGUCAAAGUGCGGACAUAGUGUUAGGAUACGAUGACUUAGAAGGUUAUCUCUCAAACCCACGAUAUUUUGGAGCUGUAGUGGGCCGUGUGGCUAACAGGAUUGCGAAGGGUCGGUUUGUCAUAGAUGGCGAGGAAUAUAAACUGGCCAUAAACAAUGGACCUAAUGCUUUACAUGGUGGUCUAAAAGGCUUUAACAAGGCAGUGUGGGCCGCAGAGGCUGUGGACAGUGGGGUGAAAUUCAAUCACAGUAGUCCGGAUGGAGAUGAGGGAUACCCUGGAAACUUAAACCUCUCUGUUGUGUACAAGCUGGAGAAAAACACACUUAGUGUCUCCUACAAUGCACAAACUGACCAAACAACACCAAUUAACCUAACUAACCAUUCCUACUUCAACCUAGCUGGACAGGGGACACCGGAUAUUUAUGACCAUGAGGUGACCAUCUUUGCAGAUUCGUACCUGCCGGUGGAUGACACAAUGAUCCCCACAGGAGAAAUAAAACCUGUGGAAAACACAUUGUUUGACCUGAGAAAGUCUGUCCUUUUGGGCUCUAGACUGAAAGAGCUUCCUGGUCCUGGCUUUGACCACAACUUCUGUUUGUGGUCGCCUGGAGAACAACAUUUGGAACGUAAAUGUGCAAGAGUGGUGCAUCCUGGGUCAGGUCGUGUUCUGGAGGUGAGCACAACCCAACCUGGUGUUCAGUUCUACACAUCAAACUUCCUGGAUGGGACAAUAAAGGGGAAAGGUGGAGCUUCUUACCCCAAACACAGUGCUUUCUGUUUGGAGACCCAAAACUGGCCAGAUGCAGUUAAUCAGCCACAUUUUCCUGAUGUCCUGCUGAGGCCAAGAGAGCAGUACACACACAGCACACACUUUACAUUCUCGCUGAUCUGAAGUUACAUUCCUAAAUCAUAUUAUCUUACAUAAAUAUUUGCAUUGAAGUGAUUCCAGCAAAGUGAUUUCAUAGACAUAAAUGAAGCCAAUUAUUUUCAUUAAGCAUUCAUUUUGUUACUAAUAAUGUUCUUUGUAAUUGUAAAUGAUCCGUGUAUUAAAUUUUAUUUGAACAUUUCAAAA